AUGUCGCUUGCUGCUUCCCAUAGCCAGGCGGAACAAGGGCAAUCACCUUCUACUGAAGGACCGCCACUCAUAGACAAGGAGACUCUCUCUACUAAAGCAAUCAACGCUAAACUACCGACUGCUAUCAAGUCAGACGUCGACUCUUGGAUCGCCCUAGCACAGACUGUCGCCGUGACGUCGGCAUUAUUCGCCGGCGUGCAAAUUUCGUUGAACCAAAUCAUCGAGUCUGCUAUGUCUGGCGGUGGCGACAGUCUCAAGGAUACCCACUACCCGUAUGGCAUGGGCUACGCUGGUUUAUUCGCGGUGAUCAAUAUGGCGGCAUCUCUGGAAUGCGAUAUCGGUUAUAUGGCCACCAAGUAUUAUCGCCGUCGCAUAGCUGGUGAGGCUGCAGAGAGGAGCCGGCAAGAGAACAGCGAGCACAAGAAAAAGAGCAAGCGGGAGACAGAAAAGGCCAAGAGAUAUGAAGCCGUAUAUACGUGGGUAGCGACGGAAAAACUGACGGACGAGUUCUUUGAUCACAAGGCCGACAUACGGAGAUUACAAAGAUUUGGGAUUGGAAAGUCCUUUGGGUUUAUUACUUGGUCCAUGACACUCACUUUUAUCGUCGGCGGAGUGUUUAUCUUUCUCACUUUUCUGUACUGGGUGGCACUCACCCAGGUCAAGGCUGCCAUCGCUCUGAUAGCAGUGGCCGUCGCAUUGGGUCUUAGUCUAACACUCUCUUUCUUACUGUACUAG